AUGUGGGACACAGUCCGAAAGGAGCUGGAGACAAUCCUGGAGAUGGGGGUCGUGGAGGAAUCAAAGAGCGAGUGGCACAGCCCCAUCGUCUUAGUCCCAAAGCCUGACGGGACUACCCGUUUUUGUAUCAACUUCCAAAAGGUCAAUGCCAUCUCCCGCUUCUACGCAUAUCCGAUGCCGCGGGUGGACGAACUGUUGGAGCGGCUCGGGGGAGUAAGGUACUUGUCAACCUUAGACCUAACCAAGGGAUACUGGCAGAUCCCCUUCACACUAAACUCCCAGGAGAAGACUGCCUUCCCAACGCCGUUCAGCCUCUUCCAAUUUAUAAUGAUGCUGUUCGGGCUACACGGAGCUGCGGCUACGUUCCAGUGGUUGAUGAAUAAGGUCUUACAACCCCACGACCAGUACGCGGCAGCGUAUAUAGACGACAUCGUAGUCUAUAGCGACAACUGGAGGACCACCUACGCCAUCUGGCUGGGGUGUUGCAGGCCCUUAGAGCAGCCGGUCUUACAGCCAACCCGGCGAAGUGCCACCUCGGGCAAGAGGAGCAAAGUGCAAGCCCUCAGACGCAUACCUGUCCCCAAGACGAAGAAGCAAGUGCGCCAGUUUUUGGGCCUAGCCGGAUAUUACCACUGCUUCGUGCCAGACUUUGCAUCCAUAGUCGCCCCCCUGUCGGACCUGACAAAGAACUCGCAGCCUCGACAAGUGCAGUGGUUGGAAAAGUGCAACGAAGCUUUCGAAGCUCUGAAAGAACGACUCACGCAUGAACCAGUCCUGCGACACCCAGACUUUUCAAAAGAAUUUAUACUUCAGACAGAUGUCUCGGAAGUGGGCCUGGGGGCCAUACUCUCCCAGGAAUUGGAUGGGGAAGAACACCCGAUACUGUAUUUAAGCCGCAAACUGUUCCCCCGGGAACAACGUUACUCCACAAUAGAGAAAGAGGCCCUGGUGGUGAGAUGGGCCAUCGAUGCCCUACGUUAUUAUCUGUUGGGGAAUAACUUCAGGCUGAUCACAGACCAUACCCCCCUACGGUGGAUACAUAGUAUGAAGGAUGCAAACCCCCGGAUACUACGGUGGUACCUCUCUCUCCAACCCUACGACUUCCGUGUAUUUCAUUGCCCGGGUCGCUCUGAAUCACUCAGACUGCUGAAUGGAGAGAGCCGAUGCGAUGGGAGAGUUGAGAUUUCCCUCCGUGGUGCGUGGGGCAGAGUGCUGGAUGACCACUGGGACAUGAACGAUGCCAGCGUGGUGUGCAGGCAGCUCCAGUGCGGAGUCGCUGAGAAAGCUUAUAACCCCCCUAAGUCUGAGCAGGGAACGAGCCAUGUGGGGCUGAGAAGUGUCCAGUGUCCAGGAAAUGAGACUCGUCUGACUCUCUGUGACAACUCCACGUCUGAAAUAGCCCAGGCAGGAAUUGCUGAGGACGUCAGUGUCGUUUGCUCAGGGAGCAGGCGGAUCAGACUGGUGAAUGGGGCAGGUCGCUGUGCCGGGAGAGUGGAGAUUUAUUACAGUGGCAGCUGGGGGACAGUCUGUGAUGAUUCCUGGGAUCUGUCAGACUCCAAUGUUGUUUGCAAACAACUGGGAUGUGAACAUGCCAUCAAUGCAACUGUCUCUGCUCAUUAUGGGCAAGGAUCCGGGCAGAUCUGGCUGGAUGACGUGAACUGCUCAGGGAAUGAAUCUGAUCUCUGGGCGUGUCCUUCCAGGGGCUGGGGCCAGCACAACUGCAGACACAAAGAGGACGCGGGAGUUCUCUGCUCAGAAUUCACAGAUCUGAGGCUGGUGAGCGACAGUGACUGUGCUGGCCGGCUGGAGGUUUUCUACAAUGGGACGUGGGACAGUGUUUGCUCCAAUCAGAUGUCUGGAGUCACCCCAGCAAUUGUCUGCAAACAGCUGAACUGUGGGGUUGGAGGGCAGAUUGAAAGAGAAUUUGAAUAUGGAGCAAGUUCUGGUCCCACAUGGCUGGACCACCUUGCAUGCAGUGAGCAGCACAGCUCUCUCUGGCAGUGCCCGUCAGACCAAUGGAAUCCAAAGUCUUGUGAUAACCGAGCAGAAGAGACCCAUAUUUCUUGCACUGGUGCUGAGGAGCUGAGGCUGGCGGAUGGAGGCAGCCCCUGUGCCGGGAGAGUGGAGGUUAAACACGAGGAUCAGUGGGGGACGGUGUGUGAUGAUCUCUGGGACAUGGAAUCUGCUGGGGUUGUUUGUAAGCAGUUGGGAUGUGGAACUGCUGUCAGUGCCCCUGGCGAAGCUCACUUUGGACCAGGAUCUGGACCAAUUUGGCUGGGUGAAGUUGCCUGUGAUGGUACCGAGUCUGCUCUCUGGAACUGUGAGAACGGGGAAUGGGGUGAGCAUUCCUGCGAUCACACAGAGGAUGCUGGAGUGACCUGUUCAGGACACAUUAAGCCCCGGCUGGUUGGAGGAGAUGGUGCCUGCUCAGGACGUGUGGAGAUAAAACAUGGAAACACGUGGACCACAGUUUGUGAUGGACAUUUUGAUCUCAAAGUUGCCAAUGUUAUCUGUAAUGAACUACAGUGUGGAAUGGCUGUAUCUAUCCCAGGAGGAGGUCACUUUGGAGAAGGACAAAGCGAGAUCUUGACUGAAGAAUUCCAGUGUGUGGGGAAUGAGUCUCUCCUGUUCUACUGUCCCAGGACAUCAGAAGUGAAUCAGACAUGCUCACACACAAAUGAUGCUGGUGUCAUAUGCUCACGUAAGAAUUCAGAACAAUGGUUCCGGCUGGUGAACGGCAGCACUGCGUGUUCAGGGAGGGUGGAGAUCCAGGUUCUUGGUGCCUGGGGAACCCUCUGUGACUCACGCUGGGAUUUACCAGAUGCCAAUGUUCUCUGUCAUCAGCUCGACUGUGGGUUCGCUGUAUCGGCUCCAGGAGAAGCGUAUUUUGGGAAGGGAACUGGCUCUGUCUGGACAGACACAUUUCACUGUAAAGGGACUGAACCCCAUUUGGGCCAUUGCCCUGUUACUGCUCUGGGGGCCUCUCAGUGCUCACACGACAAUGAUGCCAGUGUGAUUUGCUCAGGUCGCUCUGAAUUGCUCAGACUGCUGAAUGGAGAGAGCCGGUGUGACGGGAGAGUUGAGAUUUCCCUCCGUGGUGUGUGGGGCAGAGUGCUGGAUGACCAAUGGGACAUGAAUGAUGCCAGCGUGGUGUGCAGGCAGCUCCAGUGUGGAGUCGCUGAGAAAGCUUAUAACCCCCCUAAGUCUGAGCAAGGAACAGGCCCCGUGGGGCUGAGAAGGGUCCAGUGUGCAGGAAAUGAGACUUGUCUGACUCACUGUGACAACUCCCCGUCUGAGACAGCCCAGGCAGGAAUUGCUGAGGACGUCGGUGUCGUUUGUUCAGGGAGCUGGCGGAUCAGACUGGUGAAUGGGGCAGGUCGCUGUGCCGGGAGAGUGGAGAUUUAUUACAAUGGCAGCUGGGGGACAGUCUGUGAUGAUUCCUGGGAUCUGUCAGACUCCAAUGUUGUUUGCAAACAACUGGGAUGUGGACGUGCCAUCAAUGCAACUGUCUCUGCUCAUUAUGGGGAAGGAUCCAGGCAGAUCUGGCUGGAUGAUGUGAACUGCUCGGGGAAUGAAUACGAUCUCUGGGCAUGUCCUUCCAGGGGCUGGGGCCAGCACAACUGCAGACACAAAGAGGACGCCGGAGUUCUCUGCUCAGGUCUGUUCUAUCUGAGGCUGGUGAGCGACAGUGACUGUGCAGGGCGGCUGGAGGUUUUCUACAAUGGGACAUGGGGCAGUGUUUGCUCCAAUCAGAUGUCUGGAGUCACCCCAGCAAUUGUCUGCAAACAACUGAACUGUGGAGAUGGAGGGCAGAUUGCAAAUGACUUUGAAUAUGGAGCAGGUUCUGGUCCCACAUGGCUGGACCAUGUUGCAUGCAGUGAGCAGCACAGCUCCCUCUGGCGGUGCCCGUCAGAGCCCUGGAAUCCAAAGUCAUGUGAUAACCGAGCAGAAGAGACCCAUAUUUCUUGCACUGGAAAAAAAGCAAAACCAACUCAGACCCUGUUUACCGAGUGCCCGAACUCUCCAAGCUGCACAGACCAGGAGAAGUUACGUGUCGUGGGAGGAGAGGACAGAUGCUCGGGGAGAGUGGAGGUUUGGUACCGUGGCUCCUGGGGAACAGUUUGUGAUGAUUCCUGGGACAUGGCGGAUGCUAACGUUGUGUGUAAACUACUGGGCUGUGGAACUGCUGUAUCUGCCCCGGGCGAGGCUGCAUUCGGUGAGGGGACUGGUCCCAUCUGGGUGGAGAAGGUGAACUGCAGAGGGACAGAGUCAUCUCUCUGGGACUGUCCUGCCAAGCCCUGGGGUGAGAGCAACUGUGGUCAUAAGGAAGAUGCUGCUGUGAAUUGCGCAGGUGUGACAGAGAGGACAGAUUUUCCAAAUACUCCAGGUCCCCCGCGACGCCCUCCGACCAACAGUGGGAGAGUCACGGUGCCCGUGGUCGUCUGCAUUAUCCUGGGGGCCCUGCUCUGCCUGGUCUUAAUCAUCCUGGGGGCGCAGGUGCGAAGUGCCAGGGCACAGCGCAGAGGUUCCAGAAGACCCUUGGAUCCCUUCUCUGAGGCCGUGUACGAGGAGAUUGAUUAUAACCUGAUGAGAGAGAAGCAGGAGAUGUUCAGUCGCUCAGUCUCCUAUUCAGAUGACUCAGUGACGAAGCUGCAGUAUUACACCGGAGACAGCGAGGGGGAAAACGAUCCUGGAUCAGAACAAGAGGGAGCUUCCCUGGAGGGGUCUCAGUUGGAUUACGAUAACGUGGAGGAGCCUGCCUUGAACGACGUCCCCCAGACUCCAGGUGGCCGAGAUGCCCCUGUCCUGGCUGGAGAUGUCCCAGGUGCUGGUUAUGAUGAUGCCAAAGACGUGUCUGACCCUGAAGAUAACCCUGGUUUGGGGCAGAAUGAUGAGGAAGGCACUGGGGCGAGUGACAGGAACAGGGAUUCACAGACAGGUUGGAAUCUGCACUCGCUAAGGAGUGAAGGUGUCUCUGGGAUGGAGAAAGAAACCCUGUUCCUGCCUCCUGGAGACACAAGUUAUGAUGAUGUGGGACAUGGUGACUCUGGGGGAUCAGUAUCAGAACAAUGUGAUUGGACCAAAUAA